AUGCAGGCCUACGGUAGUGCGGGGCUCGCGCGGGGCCUGCGUGCAGUUACUCAGGCAUGGCUGCGGAGCUCGUGCGGCCGCUCCCUGACCUUGUUGCGCACGGCAAGUGCGCCUUACGCGGUGGACCGGUGGCCUUUGGCCGGCCCAAGGCCGCCUCGGCGCCCAUUCAGUCUGUCCGCGGCAGCGGUCGUAGACUCGGCGCCUCGCCCGCUACAGCCCUAUCUACGGCUCAUGCGGUUGGACAAGCCCAUUGGAACCUGGCUGCUCUAUCUGCCAUGUACCUGGAGCAUCAGCCUGGCAGCUGAACCAGGUUGUUUUCCAGACUUUUAUAUGUUAGCCCUCUUUGGGACUGGAGCUGUUCUGAUGCGUGGAGCAGGAUGUACUAUAAAUGACAUGUGGGACCGUGACUACGAUAAAAAGGUUACAAGGACAGCAAAUCGCCCAAUAGCUGCUGGAGACAUUUCAAUUCUUCAAUCCUUUAUUUUUCUCGGGGGACAGCUAACCAUGGCACUAGGUGUUCUUCUGUGUCUGAAUUACUACAGGUAUAUUAAAUGUGACAAAAGAGAUGAUGCACUCAUUGGUCUCAAGUCAACAGCACUGAGGUUCAAUGAAAGUACCAAGCAAUGGCUCAGUGGCUUCAGCCUGGCGAUGCUGGGGGCACUGGGUCUGGUGGGAGUGAACUGCGACCAGACCAUGCCCUACUACGCUGCUCUAGCUGCAGUCGGAGGCCAUCUGGCUCACCAGAUUUACACCCUAGAUAUCCACAGACCUGAGGAUUGUUGGGAUAAAUUUGCCUCUAACAGAACAAUAGGACUAAUACUAUUUCUAGGGAUUGUUCUUGGAAAUUUUUGGAAAGAAAAGAAAACAGAAGAAACCAAGAAAAAAGAUAGAUAG